AAAUGUUCCCUUUCAUUUGUUGUAUUUUAUUUUAGAGGACAUGCAGUGAGGACAUGGAGGAGGAAAAUGCAACAUUGCUGACAGAGUUUGUUCUCACAGGAUUUUUAUAUCAACCACAAUGGAAAAUACCCCUAUUCCUGGCAUUCUUAGUAAUAUAUCUCAUCACCAUCAUGGGGAAUCUUGGCCUGAUUGCUGUCAUCUGGAAAGAGCCUCACCUUCAUAUCCCAAUGUAUUUAUUCCUCGGGAAUUUGGCUUUUGUGGAUGCUUUGUUAUCAUCCACAGUGACUCCGAAGAUGUUGAUCAACUUCUUAGCUAAGAGUAAGAUCAUAUCUCUCUCUGAAUGCAAGAUACAAUUUUUUUCCUUUGCAAUUGGUGUAACUACAGAAUGUUUUCUCUUGGCAACAAUGGCAUAUGAUCGCUAUGUAGCCAUAUGUAAACCUUUACUUUAUCCAGUCAUUAUGACCAACGGACUAUGCAUCCGGCUAUUAAUCUUGUCAUUUCUAGGUGGCCUUCUUCAUGCUGUAAUUCAUGAAGGUUUGUUUUACAGAUUAACCUUCUGUAAUUCCAACAUAAUACAUCACUUUUACUGUGACAUUAUCCCAUUGUUAACAAUUUCCUGUACUGAUUCUUCUAUUAAUUUUCUCAUGGUUUUUAUUUUCUCAGGUUCAAUUCAAGUUUUCACCAUUGGGACUGUUCUUAUAUCUUACACGUUUGUCCUCUAUACAAUCUUGAAAAAGAGGUCUGUGAAAGGUAUAAGAAAAGCCGUCUCCACCUGUGGAGCUCAUCUCUUAUCUGUAUCUUUAUACUAUGGCCCCCUCGCCUUCAUGUAUGUAGGCUCUGCUUCCCCACAGGCUGAUGACCAAGAUAUGAUGGAGUCUCUAUUUUACACUGUCAUAGUUCCUUUAUUAAAUCCCAUUAUCUACAGCCUGAGAACUAAGCAAGUAAUAGAUUCACUCACAAAAAUGGUCAAAAGAAAUGAUGUUUAGAUCUCUUACUCAUUUCUCUUUUCUAUUUACUAAAAUAGUCACAAAAUUGUGCAAAUUAGAGGUACCUAUGUUUUGCCAGC